AUGGACCAACAGGGUAACUGGGACAAAUACUUGCCAUUGAUUGAGUUUGCUUACAACAACAGUUAUCAAAAGAGUAUCAGAAUGGCACCAUAUGAGGCCCUCUACAGAAGAAAGUGUCAAUCACUAUUAUGCUGUAUGACAAGGAGGAAGGCAGCUUUUUGGGGCCAGACUUGGUACAAGAAACUACCAAACGGAUUAAGCACAUUCGAGAGAAGAUUCAAACUGCCCAAAGUCGACAAAAGAGCUAUGCAGAUAUUAGGCUAUAAUCCCGACGAAAGCCACAUUUUACAACCAGAGACAGUACAGCUGCGAGCCGACAUGACAUAUCAAACCCUACCAGUCAGGAUUGUGGAACGAAGUGACAAACAGCUUAGAGAUAAGACAGUAUCAUUGGUUAAGGUAGCAUGGGAACAAACUGGAACUGAAGAGUACAUAUGGAUGCUGGAAGACAAGAUGAGAACAGACUACCCGUUUCUCUUUUCAGUGGCUGUUGGUGCUGCUGGAAAACCUGACAUUCCAGCCAUGAAAAUCAUGAUUUUUCAUGCUUAUUUGAUGUGUAUUUGA